GCGGUGCAGCCCGCCACCAUGGCUCGAUUGCCUGAAAAAAGAAAGCCUGAUACAGUCGACUUGACUGAUAUAGAUGAUGGUUCGACGCGUGCCUCAAAGGCCAGCCGCACUGGAUCAUCUUUUGUUUCAUCCAAUGUCAGCCCUGGCAUGAAAUUUGACGAGAGCGCUGAUUACAUUGCGCCGCCCCCGCUCUCCCAGAUAGCCUUCGUCGAUGAAGAAGAAGAUCAAGCCAACGAACUAGUCCAGAGUAGUCCGGAUGACGCUUCGGCGGGCAAUUUCAUGAUGUACGGUCAAUUGCCUGCAAAGAUUGUGGGUGUUCGCUUUUACAAUGGUGUUGCUACAUCUGGAGAGCAUGUCAUUCUGAAACGAGAGCCCCAAAACCAAUAUGAUCCGAAUGCGAUCCGGGUCGACAAUGUCAUGGGUGCUCAGAUUGGCCAUAUCCCCCGCGGACUCGCAGCCAAGCUCGCAAAAUACAUGGAUCCCCAUGAUCUUCUUGUGGAGGGUAUUCUGACAGGCGGAAAGAGCUUUUACGACUGCCCUGUCAUGUUGAACCUCUUUGGUACUUGUGAAGCUACCAGAAAGGAUGACUUGAAGAAGAGAAUGCAACAAGAUAAGCUCCCAGUGUCCAGGCUUGUUCAAGCGGACCGUGACGCAGCAAGAAAAGAAAAGGAGCAGGCCGCUGAGAGGAAGAAGACUGAAAAGCAGGCUCGUGCAAUGGCCUUGGGCAAAGCCGCCCAGCAGUUCCAGGCAAGCGAUAAUUCGAUGUUCGCCAACCUCUCCGAUGCAAUCGGACUGGGUGAAAACGAGAGCCUGGAGGAAUUGCUCAGUCAAAGCAGCUCCUUCAACCCAAGAGAAAUUGGUCAGGUUGUAGAGAACUUCGGUCAGAAAGAGGCAGACUUGGCACAGAUGCCGAUGGCUGAUUCUCCAGAGGGUCUUUCUACACAACUCCUCCCAUACCAGCGACAGGGCUUGGCAUGGAUGAUCGCGCAAGAAUCACCGAGACUUCCAGCGCCUGGCUCUGAUGCAGUAGUACAACUCUGGAAACGUGAUGGUGGCAAGUUUACCAACAUCGCUACCAACUAUUCAACGAGUGCUGCACCGCCGCUCGCGAGUGGUGGUAUUCUGGCCGAUGACAUGGGUCUGGGCAAAACCAUCCAGAUCAUCUCUCUUAUCAUGGCUAACUCGACUCCUCGCACGCCCGAAUCUAGCAAUACUACGUUGAUCUUGGCUCCAGUCGGUGUCAUGAGCAACUGGAGAAAUCAAAUCCAAGAGCACGCCAAGAAGGAAACAGCACCUCGAGUCUUGAUUUAUCAUGGAUCUGGUAAAAAGGAGGCGGCCAACCUGGCAUCAUACGACGUAGUAGUAUCGAGCUACGGAGCCCUGGCAUUGGACUUCAAACCAGAGGCAAAAAAGAGCCCAGCCAAGGGGAUUUUCUCCGUUCAUUGGCGUCGUGUUGUUCUUGAUGAGGGUCACACCAUUCGAAACCCUCGGUCAAAGGCCUCUCUUGCAGCAUGUGCCUUGCGCGCAGAUUCUCGUUGGACCUUGACCGGAACACCGAUUAUCAACACACUCAAGGAUCUGUAUUCGCAAGUCCGCUUCCUCGGGCUUACCGGCGGCUUGGCAGACCUUGCUAUGUUCAACAGCGUCCUUAUGCGUCCUCUUACUAAUGGUGAACCUGAAGCUCGCCUUCUUCUCGAGGCUCUCAUGGGAACGAUCUGUUUGAGACGAAGGAAGGAUAUGGACUUUAUCAACUUGCGUUUGCCAGCCAUGACAUCUCGGGUCCUUCGUAUCAAGUUUCACCGCCAUGAGUUGGAGAAGUACAACGCACUACAGUCGGAGGCGAAGGGCGCUCUCAUGCAGUUCAAGGACAAGCAGGGCGAAUACUCCCAUUUGUUAGAGGUUCUUCUCCGUCUCCGUCAAGUCUGCGAUCAUUGGGCUCUCUGCAAAGAUCGUGUGGAUAAACUCAUGGGCGAUUUGGAGAGACACAAGGUUGUGCCGCUGACCCCCGAGAAUGUUAAAGCCCUUCAGGAUAUGCUGCAGAUCCAGAUCGAGAGCCAGGAAAUGUGUGCCAUCUGUCUUGACAACCUUGAAGAUCCCGUCAUCACUGCAUGUGCCCACGCUUACUGCCGAGGCUGUGUUGAGCAAGUCAUCGAGCGACAGCACAAGUGCCCGCUCUGCCGUGCCGACAUCAAAGACACUUCCACUCUCGUUUCUCCCGCUGCCGACAUGGGCGAAAGCCCCGACACCGUUGUCGCCGAUCCUAACAACCCCAGUAGCAAGAUCGAGGCGCUCAUGAAGGUCCUGACAGCUCAGGGCCAAGCACCAGGUACGAAGACCGUAGUAUUCAGCCAAUGGACCUCAUUCCUCGAUCUCGUGGAGCCUCAACUCGAGAAAAGCCGCAUCAAGUUUGUCCGCAUCGAUGGCAAGAUGCAGUCCGUGAAGCGCGACAACUCCAUCAACAUGUUCUCUAACGAGCCCUCCUGCACCGUUCUCCUUGCCAGUCUCAGUGUCUGCAGCGUCGGUCUCAACCUCGUUGCAGCUAAUCAGGCCAUCCUGGCAGAUAGCUGGUGGGCGCCCGCCAUCGAGGACCAGGCUCUCGACCGCGUGUAUCGACUCGGACAGAAGCGUGAGACGACCAUGUGGAGACUGGUCAUUGAAGAUAGUAUCGAGGAGCGCGUCCUCGAGAUUCAGAAACGCAAGCGUGAACUCAUGCUCACUGCCUUCCGGGAGACAUCUAAGAAGAAGGCUGAGGAUAGAGCUACCCGGGUUGCUGACCUUGAAACUCUUUUGCAAUAG